GCCGACUGCAGCUGCAGCACCGCCGCGCCUGCCUGCCGCUCCUCCGCCCGCUUCGCUCGCCGCCGCCCGCGGGAGCCGGAGAAACUUUGCCGCAGGAGCUUCCCCCCCCCACCCCCGCCGGGAUGAGCCUGCCUUGGGCGGACGAGGGGCCUCCGGCGGCGCCGCCGCCGUCCUGGCUGCCCAGCCACGUGCAGGUGACGGUGGGGCAGGCGCGGGGGCUGCGGGCCAAGGGGGGCCCGGGCGACGCCGCCUUCGUGGCGCUGCAGCUGGGCCGGCAGAAGCACCGCACCGCCGUGGCCGCGCAGAAGGGCGGCUGUCCGCGCUGGGCCGAGCAGUGCGCGCUGGAGCUGCCCCCGCCGCCGCCGCCCGGCCCGCGCCCGGCCCCGCCGCCGGAGCCCGACCCGCAGCUGCUGCAGCUGGUGGUCUGGCAACGAGCGCUGGUGGGCCCGGACCGCUUCCUGGGCCGCGCCGCCCUCCCGCUGGCCGCGCUGCUGCAGGACGGCCGCUCCCACCCAGACCGGUGGUACAAGCUCCACUCCAAGCCGGGCAAGAAGGAGAAGGAGCGAGGUGAGAUCCAGCUGAGCCUGCAGUUCAUGCGCCACAGCCUGACGGCAAGCAUGUUUGACCUGUCGGUCAAGGAGAAGCCGCGCUCGCCCUUCCGGCGGCUGAGGGACAAGAUGAAGGGGAAGCACAGCUACGACCUGGACUCCUCCUCCGCCAUCGUGCCCAGCAGCAGCGGGGCCCUGGAUGACAACUUCCGCUCGGGGGCCCCCAAGGACAAGGUCCGGGCGGGCUUCUUCUUCAAGGGCCAGCUGCGCCGCUCCUCCCUCACUCGUUCCAGCACCUCCCUGGGAUCCGCCAGCACCCUCUCCUCCGCCAGCAGCCUGGGAGCCCUGGGCAGCGCCGAGGGGGGGGCACCUUCGCCCAGCCGGCACAGCAGCAUCUCAACUGACCCUGCCGGAAGAGACUGUCUGCCCUCCCCCCAGCUGACCCACAAGAGGGCCUUCAGCGAUGAGGUGAGCCAGAUCAACCUGCUGCCAGAAGCCGUGCAGGGCCUGAAGACCUCAAAGGACCCCUCCUCCGGCUCCUCGCUCUGCAUCAACGGGAGCCACAUUUACUGCGAGGAGCCCACCCCCAAGCCCUCUUUCCUCUCGCUGGCCCCCUUUCCUGUCGCCCAGAUCGAUCCCAGCAAGCAGGAGAGGGGCUCGGGGGCCGGACUGCCUGCUGUUGAACCGGACCUGCCGCCCUGGCCUGCCAGCGGUUCCCAGAAAGGACCCCCGAAAGACCUCCCCCGGUUCAUCCCCUCGCCCCCCAUUUUGGCGGCGCAGGAAGAAGACAAGCUCUCUGUGAAGACCAUCGCUCUGAACAAGCAGCGAGCCCGAGCCAGAAGGGAGGAGGGCCUGCAGGCCAAGAGCAAACCCGUUCCCAUGGCCGCCCCCGUGGCUUUCCCCCCGGAGGAUGAGAGGGACCAUCACGGGAGCCUCGGGGGCCACGGCCAGAGCCCCGAGGUGCCUUGGAGUUGCAGUGGCAGCAGCCGAAUCAGUCUGAGGGACCCCGGAGAGCCGGUUCGAAAGCCCAGUUCCCAGCCUGGCCUGCCUGCAACUCCAGAGCUCGCCAAGGACCCCGGGGUGGUCUCUGAGGAUCAGGGCCUCCCUCCCUCCAUCCAGGCCGGAGAAACGCAGCCCGAGCCCCGAGCCCCACCUGCCAGCCACCUUCAGCCAUCGCUGCCCGCUGCUGCCGCCGCCGCUGCUCCUGCACACCCACCCGUGGAAGGGGACGAUGGCUUUGACGCCUUUGCUGCCAGCCGCCUCCAGCCAGCAGCUCCGGAGCCCGAACCCCCUCCCACCACGGAGCCCCCAGGGGGGGCGGCUGGUCUCCUCCCACAGCAGGAGGAAGGGCCCCCCAGCCCUGGCAGGGUCUGGCAGGAGAGUCCGGACUGGCCGAGCUUCGCCUUUGGGGACAGAGGCCGGGCCUGGAGUGGGUCUGGGGGGGUCCUGCUAGCGAGUGGGACAUUUGGGGAGGGAGCGAACUCUGUCCCCAGUACAAGCAGCCUCCGAGAGGAGCAGGCCCAGAAUGUGGGGCAGCCGGGUUCCUCCGUACCUGUUGCCCCAGAUGUGCCCGAAGAAGCGCUCAGCUGGACACCAGAGAGCUGCCCACGUAAGCGGACCAUCCCUUCCUUAGCCGACCCCUCCUCGGAGCAGCUGGACUGGGGCCGAGAGCAGCAGACAUUGCCCCAAAGCCAGCCGGCCCCCCAAGCUGAAAGCAGCAAGCCCUCUUGGCUUCCGUGGGACCCUGAGAGGGAAGAGGACGUGGGUGUCGAGGAGGCCACUCCGACCAGCGGAGGCCCUGCCCAGGAGGAGCAAAGGGUGCCAGCAGAGACUGAGGUGCCGAGGGGGGCAGGGACCCCUCCUCCAAAGCCGGCAAGGAGGAUCCCCCCUCUCCAGCUCACCGAAGAAGCCAAUGGGGCUGGUUGGGGCACGCUGGAGAGCACGUGGCCUAGGGGGGCAGACCCAGAGCCUCCUCAGCACCUCCUUCCUUUGGGGGCAGCUGAUUCCCCUCCAGCGGCUGCCGUCUCUUUGGUGCCAGCAGUGAUAAUUGGGGCAGGCGUCUCUGGGCCCCCCAAGGGCCUCCCACUGGCCGCUGCAGAGGACGAGGCUGUGCAAGAUGACAAGCCGGGGGGCCAGGAGGAGUCUUCAGGGGCAACCAUCUUGGCAACAAACGAUGGGCCCAGUGCGGAGGCCCUGCCAUUCUCCACCUGCCCUUCCCAGCUGUCCUUGGGCGGAUUAGGCCUCUCAGGGGUCCCCGAGAGUCCCAGGCAGGAUGGGGAGACUGGCUUUGCCCCCUGGGGGCUUGAGGGUGCCUGGCCGACAGGGCUGCCCGGCUCGGCCUCGUUAUGGAGCUCAGAGAAAUUCCCCCGGCCCCCUGAGGCCUCCCAGGGCCCCCCUGAGCCACGGGUGGAGCCCAGCCCAUCUCUGCUGUUCUGGACUGCCUUGGAAGAGCACCGGGGGCUGCUUGAAGGGGGCACCAGCUUGGAAAGCCCAUGUGGCCUAGGACAGAACGAUGUGGCCGCUGGGCUGGCCCCCUUGCACCCAGGGCAUGAGCUGGAGCUCCCGUCAGGAGGGCCCAAUGACCAAGCGAUGGACUUCCGGAAGGCUUCUUUCUGGCAGGAGGGCAGUGGGGAGCCAAAGAGCAAGCAGGAUGAUCCCGCGCUGACCCCAGGCAACCCUUUCGCCCCCUGGCCUGCCCCCUCUCCACAGAAGAACCCCUUUGUGGACCUGCCUGCUGCAGAGGUGCCCUGGGCCCAGGCUGCCGUCCUUCCGGUCCCCCCCACUGUUGAUGCCCACAGCCUGGGAGAGUUUCCUGUAGCCACCGGCCCUCGCAGGCAACUCCGUUCUCACAGCUUCUCAGUGGAGCUCCUGGCAGCCCCCAGCUGGCCUUGCCCCCAGCCCUUGGCCUUCUCCACCCCUUCCUUCCAGCCAAACGCAAGCCCCACUGACUGCCACCUCCCUUCUGCCCUGGGGCCCCCGGCCACUAGUGCAGGGGCUGCAGCAGACAGCCAGACCAGCCCUCCCGCAUUCCCCUUGCUCUCUCCCCCCAGCACAGAUGCCUCGGCCCUUUUGGUCCUGCCCAUGGAGAGGCUGCCGGCUCAAGAUGCCCCACGCCAGCAGACAGCCAGGAAUGGUGCCUGAGGCCAGGACAGCUGUGGGCCUGGAGUGCCAGCUGAAGUGGCCCCUUGUUGUGUCCCACUCCUCCGCUGACGACCGGGUCAGGGAAAUCCGAAUCAGGCUUGCCUCUGCAGCUCUGCCCAAAGUCCUAGCAAAGUCCUCAGGGCAGGCAGGAGACCAGAAAGUGACUUCAGCAAGAUAAGUUCGACUUUGCCUGACUCAGAGACUGCCAGAAAGCAGAUCCUUUAUAUAGGCCAUGGGGUGUGGCUCCAUGACUCAGCACUUAUCCAGGCCUGCCCUUCCCUUCCUUCUGUUGCCUCCGCCUAGCCAGUCUUCUGAUGCGAGGAUCACUCCAAUCGGCAGCUGUUGGAAAUAAACUUUCCUCAGGCUCACAUGCUGUGGAGGAGGGGGAGGGGUCUAGCUGCUCCGUUUGCCUGGGCAUGGAGCCAGGGCUGGGGCCGGGGGGGUGCUCCUUCCUCUGCAGCCUGCUUGGGCAUGGAGCCAGGGCUGGGGCCGGGAGAUGCCCCCUCCUCAGCCUGUCUGGGCAUGGAGCCAGGGCUGGGGCCGGGAGGACCUUCUUCAGCAUUCGGAAGCAGAUAAGCAGACCCCGGCUGCGGUGAGAGCGGGCAAGACACAACACCCCUGCAGCAUUUGGCUUGAGGCAGGAGCCCCCACUGAACAGGGCCUCCCCCUUCCAGGAGGCCUGCAGUGCUCCGAAUUCUCAGCCCGGGAGGCUAGCUGCUCUGCAGACUGGGGAUCCUGGGGAUUGUAGUCCCAGUGCCUUCAGAGGGUGACCUGGGUGCAGCUGUAUUGUUCUAGUGGCUGAAGGGCUUUUGAGUGGGUGCAGAGUGUUUCCCCUGCCCCCGGCACAGCCUCUGUGGCCGCAAACGCCUCCCAGCCAGGCAAAGGGAGGGGACUUGGCGUUCUCACAUCCAUCCCGGGUUGUGAGAGCAGCUGCUACUAUUCUUAACAGAAUAACAGGGUUGGAAGGGACCUUGGAGGUCUUCAACCUCCUACUCAAGCAGGAGACCCUAUACCAUUUGAGGCAAAUGGCUGUCCAGUCUCCUCUUAAAAGCUUCCAGUGAUGGAGCAACCACAACUUCUGGAGGAAAGUCGUUCCACUGGUUCAUUGUUCUCACCGUCAGGAAAUUCCUCCUUGGUUCUAGUCUGGAUUUCUCCUGGAUUAGUUUUGCACAGUGUGUCCAAGGGAGUCUUUAGUUGGGGCCGGAGUGCCCUGCUCCCUCUGGAGGGAUGGCAGCAGUUCCCUUGGGAUGCUAGGUGGUGACAGCUCCUGGGCCUGGAGCCCACUGUCCUGCUUCCCAGUAGCUGCGGUUCAAAGCCUCUUCCCUGCACGGCCGUAAAGUGUGGGGGGCUAGGAAUUCAGGCCCCUCCUCCUGGUGGUGGUGGUUAGCCUUAAAUUCUUGCAUGCGUCCUGCCUAAGUCACUUUCCCUAACGCUUGACCAGUGACUCUGGGUGGCUGGGAGGACUUAAAAUACCCAACACAGGAAAAAGAAAGACAAUAAUAUGGACGGAAGCUAGACAGGAUCCUGCUCCCAGCUCUUCUUUAAGGGUAGCCAGUGGGGAAGCAGUAAAGCUGUGGAGGUCAAAGGUGAGAAAGAAAAAGGAGAGUGUGGCGGGUCCAGUCUGGGAGGAGAGGAGAGGCAGGCGAAGGAGGGAGGGAAGGUGGGCAGCUAGCUGGGCAGGUGGAAGAGGUCUCCUUCUUGGCCAGUUCACUUGGGUCCUCCUGGCAGGCAUUCCAUCGCUCUCGGGCGCCCACCACCUGACCUCUGACCCCUUCUCUUCCUGGAGGCCAGAUUCAGGCCACUGACCUUUGCAGGCAUUGGGGCUCAAAGGGCCCAUUCCUCAGUUUCACCCUUGGUUAGAGCCAACCUUCCUCCCAAAGUUGCUCUGAAACUGCUCCUCCAGGGGUGAACGUGGGGUGGAGCCUUUCUGUGCCCCCUUAAGAACUUGGCUGGGUGUCCAGGGUCAGAAAGCCCUCAAAGAGGUUCCAUCUGACCAAUGUCUGUGGAGAUUCUCAAUCCUUCAGGACACGGUUGUCCCAAAGGUGCUUUUUUCAAAAGGAAACUGGACUUCCUUGGGUUUUUCUUUGAAAACAUUUUGCUUCUCAUCCAGGAAGCUUCUUCGUUCUUCGCACAACAGUACAGGGGAACUGUACUGAAGCACUGAAAUGAAAGCAUUUGCAGCUGAGCAAAAUAUCCUGACUUCUCCAGCUUCUGCUGGAGGGCAACUCUUGAGGCUGAGUUGGCGCAGGUCUUCUAGGCUGCUAUGGACAGUUCGGCAUAUCUCUGCCAAGGUGGAUAGUCUUGAGGGCCUGAUGAAGCUACCUAUCUAGACCCGUUCCAGUCCGGCUUCCGGUCCAGAUAUAGUACGGAGACGGCUUUGGUCGCGUUGGUGGAUGACCUCUGGAGGGCCAGGGAUAGGGGUUGUUCCUCUGCCCUGGUCCUAUUAGAUCUCUCAGCGGCUUUUGAUACCAUCGACCAUGGUAUCCUGCCGCACCGGUUGGAGAGUUUGGGAGUGGGAGGCACCGUUUAUCGGUGGUUCUCCUCCUAUCUCUCUGACCGGACGCAGACGGUGUUGACAGGGGGGCAGAGAUCGACUGCGAGGCGCUUUACUUGUGGGGUGCCUCAGGGGUCGAUUCUCUCGCCUCUCCUGUUCAACAUCUAUAUGAAGCCGUUGGGCGAGGUCAUCAGUGAUUUUGGGGUGAGUUACCAGCUGUACGCUGACGAUACGCAGCUGUACUUUUUCACCCUGGGCCACCCCAACGAAGCUGUCGAAGUGCUAUCCCGAUGCCUGGAAGCCAUACGGGUCUGGAUGGGGAGAAACAGACUCAAGCUCAAUCCCUCCAAGAUGGAGUGGCUGUGGAUGCCGGCGCCCCGGUAUAGUCAGCUGCAGAACCAGAAAGGGUGCGCAACUUGGGCGUUCUCCUGGAUGGACGGCUGUCGUUUGAAGACCAUUUGGUGGCCGUCUCCAGGAGAGCUUUUUACCAGGUCCGCCUGGUUCGCCAGUUGCGCCCCUUCCUUGACCGGGAUGUCUUAUGCACGGUCACUCACGCUCUUGUCACUUCUCGUCUGGAUUAUUGCAAUGCUCUCUACAUGGGGCUACCCCUGAAGUGCACUCGGAGGCUUCAGUUAGUUCAGAAUGCAGCUGCGCGGGUGAUGGAGGGAGCCACACGUUGCUCCCGUGUAACACCGCUCCUGCGCAGUCUGCACUGGCUAACUGUGGUCUUUCGGGUGCGCUUCAAGGUGUUGGUUACCACCUUUAAAGCGCUCCAUGGCUUAGCGCCCGGGUACUUACGGGACCGCCUGCUGUUACCUUAUGCCUCCCACCGACCCGUACGCUCACACAGGGUCUUCUCAGGGUGCCGUCCGCCAAGCAAUGUCGGCUGGCGGCCCCCAGGGGAAGGGCCUUCUCUGUUGGAGCACCUACCCUCUGGAACGAACUUCCCCCUGGUUUGCGUCAAUUACCUGACCUUCGGACCUUUCGCCGUGAAUUGAAAACGCACUUGUUUAUCCAAGCGGGACUGGCUUAAUUUUUUAAACUUUUGAAUUUUAAUAAUUUUAAUUGGGGUAUUUUAUGAAUUUUAUGGGUCAAAUUUGACGGUUUUAAAUUUUCGGCCAUUUAUAGAAUAUGUUAUUUUAAUUUUUGUUUUAAUUUGUAUAUUGUACUGUUUUUUAAUCUGGCUGUACACCGCCCUGAGUCCUUCGGGAGAAGGGCGAUAUAAAAAUCUAAAUAAUAAAUAAAUAAAUAAAUAAAAUUUUUGAUUGGAGCUACCAAAUACGCUGUUGCAAAAAUUUUGAUGAUCACCAGAUGGCAGCAGAGAGAUUUAGGCAUCCCUUUGCACACCUGGAUAUUUGCAGUUGGGACCUUGCUCUUUUUUCCUCUUUAAAACAAUAUAGUUUUCCUAAUAUAAAUAAAAAGAAAAAUAGCAAUCUCAAAAUCUUAAAAAACCCACAAAGUUUAAAACAAAAAUGGAUUGGAAAAAAGAUUUGUUGAAAUAGAUAUAAAAUAAGCUCAGUUCUAUAGAAAGCUAGUUUUAAGAAAUGUAUAAGAAAUGAACGGAUUUCUUCUAUCCAGGAUUUUAAAUCAAGUGUGAUAGAAUGUUUUCAUGGGAAAAAAACUGUUUUAGCUGCAGUCCUAGCAUACUAAACCCUGAAUUCUUCAUGUUUAAUAGAUUUUGAGAAUAUCAUUCAAUCCUUCCACCUUUAAUCUUGAGUAUCAAACCAAAAUCACAAUGCUACAAACUAAAACCUCAUUCUUCAUUCCAGUCAGUGUCACUCCUAAAAUAUUACACCUGCAAUUUGUAAAGAUUUCACACUGUCCUUCCUACAUAUCUGCUGGAGUGUUCCAUAUAAAUGAGAAAUAAAAUCAUUUAAUGGUGUUAAUUGCACCUUAAGACCAUAAGAUACUAAUUCAACAUUUAAAAAUCUCUGCCAUUUAAACAGGAUAGUCCAAUUCUCGGUCAAGUUAUUGCAGACUUGCCAUAUACAGCUGAAUAGAUUCUUAAGUUUUACUUAUAAAUUAACUGGUGAUUCGUGAACCUCCAAAAUCAUUUCCCACCAACAUCGAUAUUUUAAGCGUUCCAAAUGCUGAUUUCAGCCCAAGUUGUAAAGUCAAAAGAUGUUUUAAAUUAAUAUCCAUGUUCUAAGUAUAAUUUCUGAACAGUUUUCAAAACAUUCUUGGAUUUGUGCUGUAAUUAAUGUGUUAAUCUUUUAAGAUGACCCUAGACUGUUUUGAGAUUUGCUGCAACGGAUUUAGCACACCUGUCUGGAGGGAGCUAAAAAUUCCUUCUCUGUUUAGAAUUACCUCCACAAAGAGGUUGCGCAACUGCCAGCAGGUGGCGCUGGUGCUGCACAAAAACCUCUCUGCCUGCAUUAAAUGGGGAUGGGGGGCUCAUCUGUGGGCUGCCAAGUCAGAAAUUGUAGGAAUGAUUGCGCAACCCUGGAACUCUCCGCCUAAAGAGGAGGCUCUCGGAUGCCCUUUUCAGUUGCCCACUUGGGCACUCCCCGGAGCCCCGUUGGGGCUGGGCUGACGUGGGCCAGGGAGGAUGCUCUGGGGUCUGGCUCAGCUCCUCAGGGGCUGCAACGUGUGCCCAGGAGUCAGGCCGAGAUUGAUGGGGCCUGCAGGGUAUGAGGAUUGGGAGUUCACCCCACCCUCCAAACAGACAGCCAUUUAAUAGGUAUGGCGCUUCUGGAGGGGGCUGAGGAAUUCCAAGAAUGCCCUUUGUUUUCUUUAAGAGAAAAGUAACAGGGCAUUCUGGGAAAUUUACUUUGGUGGUCAGAGAUGAAGGAGGAAGGUUGAGGAAGAAAGGAGAUUCCCAGCCCUCCUCAUUUGCUUGCUUGAGGUGGAGGAUUGAGACUGCAGAGGGGGAGUUGGCCUGAGGAACGACAGUGAAGGAGGGAGCCCGUUCCAAGGGGGGGGGGCAGGCCAGAGGCAGAAGGAGGAAGGUGCAAGAGAGACACUUCCUAUAGUCUCCCAGAGUAUAUUCAUUAGGGUGAGAGAAGGAUAGGUUUAGUCUGGCAAGAUUCUGUCUACAUAGCUUGAGCAAAUAAAGAAGUGGCCUUUGGCUGGGCUUUUGUUCUUGGGCCUGGCACUUGGAGCUUUCCAUGGCUUCCAGGCCCUGGCGGGGGUUUCUCUGCAGCUUUGAGCAGGGUCAGCGUUUCUCUCUCAGCCCUCCAUCCAAGAGAGGAGCCUAAUGAUGCCUCUGGUUUC